AUGUCUCGAGAAACCGGUGGGGUGCUUCUGCAGUCACCUGUCACGUAUGACGAGCCGGCAGACCUGUACCGGAUAGAGUCGACAUCGCGUCUAGAAGCACGAGGCAACCGACGGUCAUCAAAGUCUGUCUCAGGGGCGCGCCCACCGAUCGCGACCAGUGCCAUCAGCCAUCGCAUGUACAGCGGCGACGGCAACGGUGGGCCGAGUUCUUCCCCGACCGCCGGAGGCUCGCGGAGUAGAGGCCUGAAGAGGCGUAUAUCGACCCCCAACCUCGCCAAGCGUUCCCUCGUCGAGGAGGACUCGGAGAAACCAGAGGAACCCCAGAUCAAUGCCGUCAAACAAUGUGAGACAAGAGCAAGGUCCACGUCCACCUCCAUCGUUGUCCCCCAGCAACUGGCACCGCCAGACGCCGAGUACACGAGGCCGGUACAGACUCUGACAGCUCCACCAGCAUCGAUAGCACCGCUUCCGACCCCGGCGUACACCUCCACACCACCGCCACCAUGGUCGCAGAUGUACGUCACCCCGCCGAGUCCUCCCCCCACGACCGGACCCGAAAUGCGAGGUUCCGACGACACGUCGACCGGUAUCCUCAGCUCGGCGUACGACAUGGGCGAGAGCAUUGUCAACCGCGUCUGGUCCUGGGCCAAGCCGAAUCCUCGUCGUGGUCACGCGCGUCGCGACUCGCGUCGAUCCCUGUCUGACGAGGAUUCUGAAAAAGGGUUAGAUGGUUCCGAGAUUGACGACUUCCUCGAUGACGACAACGACACACACGUCGGGAUGGGCUCCAUGAGCAGGUCUGGACGCUACUGGGGCCUGUUCUCGAGUGGCCCGGCUCAGUCGUCGCCGCCGGACACACCGACGUACUUCACCCUGCCUCCGACACCGCCAGUGGAGGAGCAGUGCGACCUCCCUUUCCCCCAGUCUUUGCCGACCCCUGCGCUCUCGACUCGCUCUUUAUCUGGACAACCGCAUCGUUCUGGACGGCCACGCCGCACGUCUCGCGCCGCCGCCCUCCAGCAAGAGCCCGCCGACGGAUGGUGGGUCAAGGUGUACCGCACCAUCGUAUCCAGCAACGGUUCCGGAAGUGGCAAGACGGCCCAGGUCUUGCGUGAGCUCGGAUGGACGGUCGCGUUACUCGCGGGACUCUUUGUUGUCUCGCUGCUUCUCGUCAUCUACGGUGUCAGGAGCAUCCCGAUCACCCAGCUCAAGUCGAUGCCCAAGUCGACGACCGACCUGCAGCUGCUGUCGGCCGAGAUGCGCGCGUACAUGGCCUCGAGCAACACGGGAUGGUGGCACACUGUCGGCGUGCUGACCUACAUUGGAUGUUGGAAGCACGCGUGGAGUGUCCCGGGAGCCGUCGUGCUCAACAUUCUGGUUGGUUCAGUGUUUGAGCCUCUCGCGGCUCUGACGCUGUUGACUUUGAUCACUGCUUCCGGUUCCCUCGGUGCCUACAUGCUGUCCCGGCCUCUGGCUCCGCUGAUCGGUGUCCUGUUCCCGAAGCCGCUCGCGCUUGUCCGGGCCGCUCUCGCUCCGGACCAGGUGCCCCGCCCUCGCCACGGCGUGCAGUACAACGACGACGGCGAGCUGGUUACGCCGAUCCGCGUGUCGACUAAUCCAACGGAGCGGCCGCUCGGCGCUCCAGAGGAUCGGCCCGGCAUCUGGCGCCGUCUGCUGCUCAUGCGUGCCAUGGGCUUCGUCCCGUGGUCCGGCAUGAACGUUGCUUGCGGCGUGGUCGGUGUCGAUUGGCGCAUCUUCUGGCUGACAACUGCCGCCGGCAGCGCGAGCUGGAGCUACGUCACCGCCUCUGUCGGAAACAUUCUCUCCCGCCUCGCUCUCCCCAGCAGCCGGCCGCCGCAGCCGAGGGCGCACAGGGCGAGUCGCUGA